GCAUCUGUGCAACUAAUUAAUAUGGAUUCGAAUGAAUUCCAACAUCAUUCAAUGAUGGAAGGGAUGUGGUUGGGAUGAGAUGAACUAACCCAACAAUUCAAGUGCUUUAUGCUUGGCCUAGUUUCUGGUUUCCGUGAGCAACUUUAGGCCUACUGAGAGGCCUAAGGAGAACGAUGGUGGCGGUGCGAUUCUGCGAUGACGUGACUUACAGACAGAAGGACAAGACACUGGAUUUGAAAGUUAUGGGACUCUCGAAGCGCCGUAAAGGAAAAGUGAUGUUUGUGGACUGCUCAUUCUGUUCUCUCACUGCCCUCCCAGUUCACCUUUUACAUCUGGAAUAUCUGGAGGAGUUACAUAUGGAGGGGAACUUCAUCUGUUCACUACCUUCCGAGAUCAGCCAACUGAAAAAUCUGCGUGUUCUUUACUUGCACGAAAAUCUUCUGAGUUGCGUUUGCAGGGAUCUUGGUAGGUUGUCGCAAAAUCUGCGUUCCUUGGAUCUGAGUCACAAUCCAUUCAAAUGCCCUGAACAAAUGCAGGAUGUGCUCCAUCGCUUGCAUGGUUUGCGUGAGCUCAGAUUGUACAGACUGGAUCUUAAAGAGCUCCAUGAUUUCAUCUGCAAAAAUCUCUUUAGACUGGAAAUUCUGGGUUUGUCAGAUAAUUCUCUUACUGCUCUCCCUUCAGAGAUCACCAACCUUCUAUUCCUAAGAGAAAUAUAUUUGAAUAACAAUUUGUUUCAGUUUUUUCCAGCAGGGCUGGGUAAACUGCCCCAUUUGGAAAUCAUUGAUGUUGGACGGAAUCAAAUUGUUACAGUCUCGGAUUAUGAUUGUGGAUCUUCUUGGAAGAAACUCUUUGUAGCAUUUAACCGACUGUCUUCAUUCCCUCGAUCUCUUUGCAAGUUUGGCCGCCUCACUGUCUUGGAUGUUUCGAGUAACUCCCUCACCAGGCUGCCACACUGUUUCAGGGCCCUUAGAGGUCUGGUAGACCUGGCACUUUCAAACAACAUGCUUAGGACAUUUCCUGCUCAGAUUUGCAUGCUCAAUUCUUUGCAUGUCCUUUAUUUGAAGAACACAGGCCUGAAGGAACUGCAUCCUAAUGUUGUAAAUCUUCAGAAUUUAUGUGUGCUAGACCUGAGUCAGAACAGUUUAACGGACUUCCCCAUGGAGAUCCUUUCGCUUGUCCACCUGGAAGAUUUGAGCUUAGAUGACAACCAACUGAGAGCGGUACUGUCUAUUCCUGCAGGCAUACAGUCAUUAUCUAAGAUCAAAAAUCUUGGUCUGUCUGGAAACCAAUUCUCGACUUUCCCUACUGCUGUAUGUGAGCUGCUGUUGCUGGAGAAGCUUUAUCUUGGCCAGGAUCAAGGCAUGAAGCUCCACUCUCUUCCACAGACCAUUACUCAGCUCACAAAACUCAAAGAACUCUACCUAGACAACAAUAACUUGGUGGGCCUGCCUAACAGUAUUGGCAAGAUGCAAAGAUUACAGGUUUUGGACCUUCAUAACAACAAACUCAAAGCACUGCCAAAAACAAUUGGUUGCUUAACUGGAUUGAAGAAGCUUUACCUUCAGACUAAUAACCUGAGCAGCCUCCCAGUAGAUUUUUCCAAUCUUCGAAACCUUGGCAUUCUCACGCUAACUGAAAACCCCAUGACUGCCCCACCACUGGAAGUCUGUGAACAGGGUGCUGAAGCAGUAGUUCGGUAUCUCAAAGAGAAAAUCUGUAGAGGCGCUAACUGUUUAAAGAUUCAAGCUUGGUGGCGGGGGACAAUGGUACGUAAGAAGUUGGGGCCUUUUAAGGAACCAGGAACAACAAAAAGUGGUAAAGACUCCAAAGACAAAGACAAGGACAAGACACACAAAGGAAAAGAUAAGAGGGCACCAAACAAGAAAAAUGCAUGAACUCAUUUUUACCAAAUAAAUGCCUUUUAUGUAAAUCUA